AUGCCUCCCACGUCUGUCUUCCGGCACGUCCCCAGACCACGGCUAGUGCGGACUAUCGGCAGCCCAGCGUCACUACGGCUGAUCAGCGUGCUGUCGACGAAUGCCCACAUUAAAGCUUUCCGUCUGGCAACACUGCCGCCUUCGUACCUGCUCAGCUAUCUAGACACGAGCCCGCCCUCGGCAGCGGCGUCUAUUGGCACAGCUACGGAACUGCCACCUACGCCCCGUUCCUUCACGGCCAAUCCCCGGUUCCUGUCGGUCCUAAACGAAACCCUCCGUGAACAUGCACACCGCGACGACGGCUUGAAGUCCCAGGCGCUGGCCUUUGCCGCCUCGGGAGGCUCGAUUUUUGGCGCUGGCACGGGAAGUGCUGCCACAAAAGGCGGAUCCCACCAAGGAGGCGCAGGAGGCGGAGGAUUGGGCGGCUGGGUCCAUCUGAGCGAUCUAAGGAACCCCCCCGACUAUGGGAGAAUAGCAUGGCCCGAAGACAUUCUCGGAAGCGUCGAAGUCGACCGCACUGGAGGUCUGCUCGACAGCUUCCAGUCGUCCGGCACGUACCGGAUUGUCACGAAUGAGGGAAUACUCGGGCUGAGCGACUUCCUCCGAGAAAAGCUCGUCGAACGGCUGAGGGAAGUAGACAAAGAGGACACAGCCGACCGACCGCAAGUUUUGGAAUAG